UGUUUCUCUCUAUUUCUUUAACUCGUGCCUGCCUACAAAACUCCCCGGCCAUACUCGGGUUGGAUUGGUUGAUUUGGCCCACUCGUGUCUCUUGGUUUCGUUGGAUUGAUUUCCCACCGAGUAUCGCCGAGUUUUCCUCUCUCCCUCAAUCCUGCGUGAAACCGAAUAGUUUGGGUGGUUGUCUUCACGGUAAAUGGAUGAAUGCGUUGUGUGGGGAAGCGGGAUUUCCUGUGGAACUCGAGUCUCUCUUUGUGGAAUUUAAAACAACUCCUCGAGAAAUGGACCCAAAAGCGCAGUUUACAUUGUUGGAUUGCUUGUGAUUUGCUUGGAGUAUUUCCCGUGAUAUCUCUUGUGUGGGUCGCAGCUCCCCCUGGCCAUUGUUGAACACCCGGCCAAAAGAUCCGUCACCAUUGGUGCCAUAAGUUACCAUUGAGCAACUGACUAACUACGCGAUGUCUACCAUGAGAAUGACCCCACCCUCGGCAGCUAUGGAGUUCACCGAGUGGAGUGAGAUUGAUGCUACAGCAGUAGCAAACACCACAACGGACAUGGAUACAGACUCUUCACAAGGCCAAAGAGAACUGGGAUUAACAAUACAGAUCGCCAGCUUGUGGGUAAUGUUCGGGUUUGGUGUCUUAGGAAAUACUAUGGUCAUGAUAUGGAUGCACCUGAAUCGCAGAAGAAAAUCUCGCGUGAACACUAUCGUUCUAGGAAUAGCCAGUGCGGAUAUGUCUGUCUGUUUCUUUUCAAUUCUCCCAACGGCUAUCAUACUGAUGUCCAAUUCAUGGUUGGCAGGAAAUUUCAUGUGUAAGGUAGUGAUGUACCUUCAAGGUGCAUCUCUCAUAUCUUCGGCCAACAUGCUGGCUCUAAUGGCCCUCGAUCGUCACCAAGCUGUCCUGCAACCCCUCAAGGAAUUCUUCAUCGCCUGGAAACUGGUGGUGAUAUCCUGGGGAAUAGCAGGCUCGUUGGCCCUUCCACAAUUCUACGUAUGGGAAGAGAUGAUCCGUAAAGGUAAACCCCAAUGUGGAUCCUUAUUCCGGCAACUGCCAGCUUGGCAUCGUAUGGCAUACAUCGUAUACAUCGCCGUCAUCACCUUCCUCGUACCGUUCAUUGUCAUCACGGUUGCAUACCUACGCAUAUCGAAGAAGAUAUGGGACAAGGCUCAUGAGACAUCCGGCAAACGAUCAAAAAGAGCGAGCAAGAAGAACAAGAUUGAACUCAAUCGUAAUGCCUCCAGUACCACGCUGACCAAAGCAAAAAGCAAGACACUGAAGAUGAGUGUCGUUAUCAUUUUCUUCUUUGUUCUUUGUGGAGCGCCUUACUUUGUAGUUGAAAUGUUAGCCACAUUCAGAUCAGAUCCGAUAAAUAGGGUAGUUAAUGCCUUCUUUGGCUUGUUCGCUGUUGCAAAUUCAGCGACCAAUCCGUACAUUUUCUUGUACUUUAACACAUCACAGAGGUGUUGGAAAGAAUUUCGCCUGACCGUGAACCGUUUUUUAUGCUGCUGUGCGCGAGGGAACAAUGAUGGGGGUUAUUACAACCGAUACUCAGUCCGCUUUUCCUCGUCAAACUCGCGCACGGAAUUCACGAAGAUACAAGGCGAGUCCUCUAUGAUCACCCGGGUGACCGAUGCGCCCUCUAACAGGGGUAUCAUACCUCUAGGUAAGGAUCAUGAUGGUCGUGGAGGACGCGGAAGGACUGAGUAAAUGGGUGAGUUUCUGUCACAAGGAAUAACCCGUAAACAGCCGUACAUCAGGCUAUAGAACUUUUAAAACAGAAGCAUUUGCUACGUAUGACUUUGUGCAAUGUUAUGUUGUAAUACCUAGGCAUACACGUAUUAAAUUACUUACAGAAGAUAUAAUAUAAUUUACUAUUAAGAUACUAUAAUACUACAAUAUAAUGCAAUGUUAUGCUAAUUAAUUAUUUUUGUUAACGCUUAACCGAGUUUGAAUAAAUUAAAUGUUAUAAAGAAGGUAAACAAAUCAAGGCGAAAAUAUCACAUUGUCCAAUAUCAAAUUUUCAGAGGAUAUCUAUUUUCCUAUGAAGUAAGGUUUUUAAAGCAUUAAAUAUGCUUCAAACUGUCAAACAUACAAUCCUGUAUAAUCAUUUCUUCACAAAGGAGGUCCUAACUAAUCGAAUCGGAACCACACAGAAUAUUUUUAAUCUGCUAGUAUUACACUGAACUCCCACAAAAUCGGACUCCAAUAUGAGAACAAAAUGGAAAAGCACCCAUCUGAGAUCCUAAUCGGAAGGUUUCUUCUCUUCUCACUCUGUCGUUUAUUAUUCACUUAUGUCACAUGUCAGAAGGUCACGUGAACUCCAACAAUACAAUUUAUGAAUUUUUGAAGAUUGAAUCAUAAUUUGUGUGCAUCGGGAUAUUCAAAUUGGCUGGGUCGCUAUUGUCACUGCGAUGAAGUGCCGGACAACACCUCAAUUUGUUCGAACACACAAUAUGACCAAAAUGCCUUUUGUUUGAUAUUCAUUAAUCAGAAUGAUAUUUUCUUUAUGGAGGAUCUAUAGCAAUGUUCUAUUCAUGGUAUACUCGGGGCAGUUCCCCAAGGGAGAAGACAAUUUUAAAACAAAAACAGAAAUUAAAGAUAUGUAGUUAAUAACAAAUGAAAGAGUUGGGGAUGCCUCACGAGCCACAUAUCUCAUUAGUUGAGUGGAUUUAGAGCUCUCAUAUUGCAAACAUCCAUACAUUUUGUUGUUUAUCGUAAUUUCUUUCCAGCUUUGACAAUUCCUUUUCUCAAUUUUGUUAUUGCUUUCACACAAACGAACAUAUUACAAUUAUUUGAUUGCCCUUUGAGACUAGUAAGGCUACCGGGUCCACACAAAUGUGUUUUACGAUCUGGUUGGUUUGUUGGGCGUUUGGAAUAUGGUUAACAUUAAAUGUUAAAUUAACAUAGUGACUUGACAUAUUUGACUACUCAUACCUCUACUCUCAUUCUCUUCCUCCUCCAACUACUACUACCACUACUGCUAUUGCUGCUGCUACCACUACUAUAACAACAGCAACUGCUACUACUACUACUACUACUACUACUACUA